UUUUGUCUUUGGCAAAUGGGGACAAGCGGCUAAGGUUUUCUUCAUCGGAAAUACACUAAAAAUUGGGAACUAUUCAGAGUGAAGGAGAGGCGAACAGGGCGACAUAUUCAUCACCCCUUAGGAACCAAUUUAUCUUGUGAUGCAGUGAUUUCUACUCAACUUUUUCAUCACCAAAUUUGGAAGUUUGGAUGGUACAAGAAAAUGUAACUGGCAGCUGUUAGGAACACUUCAAUCUCCAGUUGCAGACAGUCAAAAUCGAUCAGCUUGAAGGAUCAAAUCAAAAAUAUCCCAACUGUGCUUGUUACUAGUUUUUCUGAUGAACUCUGUAUUUCCAACUUUGUCUUUCGUCCCAUUCAAACCUUCCCUGCAAGGAGUGCCAUCCUAUCUACAUUUACAGCCUCUUUAUCCAUUUGGUUACUGUCAUUAUUCUAAAAUCAGUUUUCGAUCAUCUCUGUCAAACCAAAUUCCUCUCAUCUCACUUCAUUCCUCACCCAAGAUGCAAUCUUUGGUUAGUGCUGCAAUUCCUUCAAGUGAGGGGGCGAUUUCUACAGUCAAUUUUGAAGAUUUUGUGGAGAAAGAUUGGUCGGUUAUUGAUUUUGACGAAACAAAUUCUGCCGAAGAACAUUUGCAGAAGAUUGACCAUAUCAUCGCUGCUGGAAAGAUUGUAGAAACUUCAAAGGUUCUGGUUUCUAUUGGUUCUGAAGGAUUUGUGGAUAGAGUGGUUGAUUCAUCACGUUGUCAACAAUUGCUCGUUGUUCAUGACUCUCUUUUCAUCUUGGCAUCCAUCAAAGAGAAGUAUGAUAAAGUCAAAUGCUGGCAAGGAGGACUGGUAAAUGUACCUGAUAAGUGGACACCUUUUGAUGUCGUAUUUCUCUACUUUCUCCCUGCUUUACCCUUCGAACUUCAUCAGGUUCUUGGGUCACUUGCCAAGCAUUGUUCACCAGGUGCAAGAGUUGUGAUCAGUCAUCCACAAGGCAGGCAAGUUUUUGAAAAGCAAAGAGAGCAAUACCCUGAUAUGGUAGUCUCCAAUUUGCCAGAGAAAUUGACAUUGCAAAGUAUUGCCACUGAUCAUUCCUUUGAAAUGAUUGAAUUUGUAGACGAGCCUAGUUUUUACCUUGCUGUUUUGGAAUUCAAUGCGAAUAACUUGGUUUAAUGGGUAAGUACUUCGGAGGUGUUCUUAAUGUUAACCCUUCGACCGAACUUGUGUCAUCAGUGCUGUAUAAUUGUAACCACCAAAAUUUCUGUUAAAAUCGUUCUGGAUUAUAUGUGUUAGUAUCACACUCAAGUUAUCGAA